CCCCUUCACUUAGCAACGUAGCCUCAGCUGAGCCAAUGCGAUCAACCAAAUACGGUCCCACCGACUGUGAUGCCAGGCAACUCAUAAAAAACGUGAUGACGUAUUCCUUUCUGUGUAUUAUGGGAUGUGUGUAAUUUAACUGCUAGCGCAGUGGAAAGAAAAAAAAUAUACGAGAUUGAACUAAACAUGGAGCUAUCCGCUGUUGGAGAGCGAGUCUUCGCGGCAGAGUCCAUCAUCAAACGACGCAUUCGAAGAGGUCGAAUGGAAUAUCUCGUGAAAUGGAAGGGUUGGUCUCAAAAAUAUAGCACCUGGGAGCCGGAGGAUAACAUUUUAGAUGCGCGCCUCCUAGCUGGAUUCGAAGAGAGAGAGCGUGAGAGGGAAUUUUUUGGUCCGAAGAAGAGGGGACCAAAGCCUGAGACAUUUCUGCUGAAGGCCCAGAAUAAAGCCAAGACUUAUGAAUGCAGAAGACAAAUGCCAAGGGCGAUUCGGGUUUCAUACCUCGUUCCGGAGCCUGUUAAUACACCGAGAGCUCGAGAGGGACUACGGGCUGUUGUGCCUACAAUCUUCCCCCCUAGCACGGUCAACCGAGGAGAUAGCGUGAUGUUCAGACAACCGGAACCAGAGAGAAGGCCGCGUUCGGCGCCAACUCCAUCAUUCGUGUCUGAGGAAUUUGGCAACGUCCCCAAAAAGAGGGGACCUAAAGCCAAAUUGUUCAACAUAGACCAAGACAGCUGUCCAACAGUGGAUCCCGCGAAGAGAGGACGGUUUGAGGAGCAACAGCCCCCAUACGUUCUGAAUAAAAUAUCCAGACAUUGUCAUCAUAAAGGUGAAACGUCUGAAAGAAGUCUCAGCCAGUUGACGCGUAGGUUUCAAGAGGAAACAAACUUUUCUCAAAAAUCUAAUGAUGCAAAAAGUCCGUUGCCGAUUGAAUCCUAUUGUAGAACCCAUAACCACCUAGGUAAAGUCGCCCGCAAGGCUAGAUUAGAUCACCAAAGCCCCAGGACGAAAGAUUGCAUUGGGGGGGUUACAAUCACGCCCCCCAAAUUAAAGUAUAUGUCAAAAAAUAAUUUAUAUGAAGUUAUUGCUUCCCCUUCCAUGGAACGGUCUAUGACCACUGUCCUGGAUCAAACGACUUUAUCAAGACGUUGUGAGGAGCCGUCACAUACGUCUUGGAGGCCACGUACGGGUGACGUUGAUAAGGUGGUGGUCACAGAUGUGACAAGUAACUUUUUGACAGUAACCAUAAAAGAGAACAGCACAGACAAAGGUUUUUUCAAAGAUAAAAGAUGACUUAAUUUCACAAUUAACUUCACGUAAAUGACAAAAAUUGCAACAGAUAGGGUAUUUGUAGUUUGGUAUUUACUAAAAUUAUUAACAUUUACAUUUUUAUAACUAUACAAAGUUUUAAUAUGUACAUGAUAAAUAAUGACCAAAUUAAAUGUAUAUAUAAAUAUUG